GCGCCCGUGUGGCGGAUGACGUUCCGCAGCAGCACCUUCCCCACCGGCACCCGCGACAUCGUCCCGCCCUCAGCGCGGAGCUCGGCGGAACGGAACCGCCGCCCGUCCCGCUCCCGGCUCCCGACCGGAAGUUCCGCAGCCCGGCACCCGAGGGGCAGGCCGGGACCGGAAGAAGGAAGGCACUUCCGGUUGCCGUUGCCGCGCGACGACGCGAUGUCGGACGCGGUGUCGGCGCUGUGGGCGCUGCUGGACGAGAUGGCGGAGCAGCGGCCGCAGCUUUACCGCCAACUGCAGCGGGAGCAGCGGCACCACGCGCAGCGCUACUGCGGCCGCCCCGAGCCCCGGCUGUGCCUGCGGGCUCUGCCCGUCCCUGCGGAGCGGCUCCCGGCCUCGUGCCCGGCUCGGGGCGCUGCCCGCGGGCCGCUCUUCGUCAACGUGUGCGGCUGGAGCCGGGUACCGCGCCCCGCGGAGCCCCAGGGCCGCAUCCCCGUCAUCGCGGGGCCGAUGGAGGCGGCGGGAGGGGACGACUCUUACAGCGUUAUAGAUAUCGCGUAUAACCCAGAUGUUCUGCGGAGGAGAGAAGAAAACCCAGAAGCAAUGGGACAUUUGAUCCAUUUAACGCUUAAAUUCAUAGAGGAUCAAUGCAACCUUAUUCUUUCACAUUCAUACGAGAUUGAGUCUUUCAAGCUGAAAGGAAGCCCUGACAGAAUGUGGCAACGACUGAAAAGCAGGCAGCCACCACCACCCCUGGGUCAGGAUACACUAAAAGAACUGACACUCGAUCAGCUGCUGCACAGCAUAGAAGCUGAGGACCACAGCGCUGCUCCUGUCCUGCUGAAGGAAGGAAGCACCACACAGUCUAAAGUGCAACUGAUAGAGGAAAUCAGCAGCACAGAAGUGCUGGAGGAGCUGAGCACCCCUGCCUAUGAGAUGAGCACUGUGAGGGAUGCAAAUAACAAGCCUGUAAGAAUUGAACUGAAAGUUGAGUUGCCUGAGGUUAGCUCUGUUUCUGAGUGUGAUCUAGGAAUUUCCAAGGAUGACGUGAUCAUUGAUGUCCCUGAAAAAUACAAAUUACAGCUUGAUCUGCCAGAAUUAGUGGAUGAAGAAACAACAACAGCGGUAUUUAAUAAAGGAAAAGGGGUGUUGUUCAUCACAAUGCCUGUUGCCAAGGCUGGGCAAUAAAGGCUGCGUUGUUUAGUUUGUGUUCUCAGACGACAGAAUUAAACAACAGCCCAGAAUGAGAAUCCUGACUCCUGGUUGGCAAUGAGUCAAUGGACCUUCUCAUCUUCAGAGGUGAAUAUCUCAAAGGAAAGGAAGUCAGGAGGAAUACUGGCCCACUGAGCUUUGGAAAACAUAAGAUUGUAAAUACUCGAGAAAUAACUGAAUACAUUAACAGUUCUUAAUGCACACAUGCACAGUUGUACGUAAAUGCAUACAUACAGUUACUACAUCAUUAAUAUACAGCAGUUACAGGUUGGUUUUUUUUUUGUUAUUGUUGCUAAAUAAAUUAUUUUGCUUACUGGAUUGA